AUGGAUCAAGUUGACGACUUCUUGAACCGUCUUCCUGAGCACCGGGCCGCUAUCAUGAAGCCCGUUUUGGACGCUUGGCCCGAUGUGAUCUGCAACCGCGUCACAAAGGCGGUUAACACCGCUGUGGAAUACAAACGACACGGCAAACGAGUUUUGAUUUUCGUUUUGGAUGAUAGCCACGCUAAGUUUUUGAACGAUGCUAUGCGCGAGAAGAAGUUGGCUUCACACUACGUCACUAGAUUUGACAGUUUUACCGAUCUCCAGACCUCUGUCAGCAAGUUCAACGAUCCUAACCAAGUCGCCGAUGUCUUCAUCACCACCUUCAAAGACGUCGAGCAAGGGCUCGUCUUCCACGGCGCUUGCAACCACGGUAUCGUCUUCGAGUAUCCCUCCAACCUUAGCACGCUUCGAAGGGCAAUUGAGACGUUGCGUUAUCCCGGGCAGAUGCAGCGUGACCACUGGAUCAACUUCCAUCAGGUCGGUACAAUGGAUGAGCUGAAGGCCCAAGGCAUGUACAUCCGGGCAGCGAAGCACAUCCUCUCCAACAAGGACUAUUGCUCAUACCUAGACGAUGACCAUCGUGCUAUCCGCGCAUACUACGACUUGGCCGUUUCCAUGGGCGAUUCCUCAAGCCGAUACCCACGUAACCGAGUCCUUUUGAAUAAGUUGGAGACAGAAGAGAUCCGACGCGAAGGUCUCUUCUACUACGCCGUCGGCAAAUGGCUGGCCGCGAACCCCGGAACUGCAGACAUGUUCAAAACCGACACCAUGGCGAGAAUCGCAAAGAGUUGGAAGCCCGGCACCGAUCUGACCAUGAAGCACAUUAGGCUAAGCCUCCCUGAGACUCCUAAUGGCAUCGUGCUGUACAACUACGUCGAUUCCUGGUGCAAGACGCACAGGCUUUAA